GUGGGUCCAUAUUGUUUGUGCCCUCUAUGUUCCAGGAGUGGCAUUUGGAGAUAUCGACAAACUGCGGCCAGUAACGCUUACCGAAAUGAAUUAUUCAAAGUAUGGAGCCAAGGAAUGCAGUUUUUGUGAAGAUCCUCGUUUUGCCAGAACGGGUGUAUGCAUUAGUUGUGAUGCUGGGAUGUGCAGAGCUUACUUCCAUGUGACCUGCGCUCAGAAGGAAGGCCUCCUCUCAGAAGCAGCAGCAGAAGAGGAUAUAGCUGACCCUUUUUUUGCUUAUUGUAAACAGCACGCAGACAGGUUAGACAGAAAAUGGAAACGGAAGAACUACCUGGCAUUACAAUCUUACUGUAAAAUGUCUUUGCAGGAAAGAGAAAAACAGCUCUCCCCAGAAGCUCAGGCUCGAAUCAAUGCCAGGCUGCAGCAGUAUCGCGCCAAGGCAGAGCUGGCCCGCACCACAAGACCACAGGCCUGGGUGCCCAGGGAGAAGCUACCACGACCACUUACUAGCAGUGCUUCAGCCAUACGGAAGCUUAUGCGCAAGGCCGAGUUAAUGGGAAUUAGUACAGACAUUUUUCCUGUGGAUACUUCGGAUACUAGUUCCAGUGUCGAUGGAAGAAGAAAACAUAAACAACCAGCUCUUACUGCUGAUUUUGUGAAUUACUACCUUGAGAGAAAUAUGCGCAUGAUUCAAAUCCAGGAGAAUAUGGCUGAACAGAAGAACAUAAAGGAUAAAUUAGAAAAUGAGCAAGAAAAGCUUCAUGUCGAGUAUAAUAAGCUGUGUGAGUCCUUGGAAGAGCUACAAAAUAUGAAUGGAAAACUGCGAAAUGAAGGUCAAAGCAUCUGGGCUCUACUGGGUAGAAUCAUUGGACAGAAAUUGAACAUACCAGCAAUUUUACGUGCUCCAAAGGAAAGGAAACCAAGUAAAAAGGAAGGAGGAACACAAAAGACAUCUGCACUUCCAGCUGUACUUUAUAGUUGUGGAAUUUGCAAGAAGAACCAUGAUCAACACCUACUGCUACUGUGUGAUACUUGUAAACUUCAUUAUCAUCUUGGUUGCCUGGAUCCACCUCUUACAAGAAUGCCAAGAAAGACCAAGAAUAGUUACUGGCAAUGCUCAGAGUGCGACCAGGCAGGUAGCAGUGACAUGGAGGCUGAUAUUGCCAUGGAAACCUUACCAGAUGGGACCAAAAGAUCAAGGAGGCAGAUUAAGGAACCAGUGAAAUUUGUUCCUCAGGAUGUGCCACCAGAACCGAAGAAAAUUCCAAUCAGAAACACGAGAACUAGAGGACGAAAACGAAGCUUUGUGCCUGAAGAAGAAAAACCUGAGGAAAGGAUUCCCAGGGAAAGAAGACAACGACAGUCUGUUCUACAGAAGAAGCCCAAGUCAGAGGAUUUAAGAACUGAAUGUGCUACCUGCAAAGGGACUGGAGACAAUGAAAAUUUAGUCAGGUAG